GACGCCGGCACCGCCCGGGCCGCCAUGGCGCGCGGUGCCCCGGGGAGGGCGGGUUGAGAGGGCGGGUUUCGAGGGCGGGCGGGCUGGCCGCUUGUGACGACCGCCUGGGGCUUUCCGACGUCGUCUCCUCGACUCAUCCAUCCUCGAGCUGCUCUCCUCGCCGUCUCGCGGCUCCUCUCUCAGCUGGUUACAGGUGCUCGUGCUCGGCGCCUCCUCCUCCUCCUGCUGCUCCUCCUGCUCCUCCUGCUCCUAGCCGCACGUGGCUGCGACUCGGUGUUGUGGAGCGAACGCGGCCGCAGGGUUGCCGGUCGACGUGCGCCGUGAACGUUUUGCUGUCGCCACUCGUCCGAUCAAGUUGACCUCGGCGCCAGCAGUGGCCACGCUUGGCGCUGGCACGGUCUCCGGCGGUGCGGCGUGGGAUGCUGUGCUCGGAGUUAAAUCCCAAGAUGUUGCCUGCGAGCCUCACCUGCUGAACCGGAUCGGUCGGGCCGGUUGUGCCACAUAACUCAAGGCAGCAACUACUGCGCCUUCCCUCGGUCAUCUUCAAACAUCACCAACGCUGCCAAAUAUACGAGAACCGAAAAACGAACGUCCGCGACUUGACGACAAAUGCGGCAGCGCCUCCCCGCGGUGACUCUGUGGACGCGGCGCGUUGCGUGAAGAGGCCUCGCGUAGACGCGGUUUCGGCGUCGGGGAGUCGCGACGUCACCGGCGAGCCGGAGGCGUAAUCGUCGCGGUGGAGUGGAGAGAAUCCGGACCGCAAGGCCACUGGGCGCGCCGACGAUCGAUCGUUGACGGACGCGAGGGGCGAUCGCUCCAGCAGGGAACUCCACGCGUCGACGCCGCCGCAAUGGCCUCCACGCUGGUGGAGCAGCAGAGAGGUCUCGUGUUUGAGUACGCGAGCAAUGGCAUGGACAGCGAGGACGGGCAGGAGAUGUCCGACUACCCGGCCGUCAUCGUUGAGUCUCUGCCCACACUGGAGCCGGGGCUGACGGCGCACGAGCUGGCGUACGGCGGGCGUGACCACGAGACCUCGUUGCUCCUCCACGGGGAUGGGCCCCUCCUGGGCCUAGGACUGGGCUUCGGCAUGAACAUGGGUCUGAGCCACAGCUCUCUGCUCGACGACGCAUCGCUCGCGUCCGGGGACGAGCAGAUGGUGGACGACGAAGACGACUCGGUGGAGGCGUCCGUCAACGGCCACUUCAGCGAUGACUGCCACUCCGAGACCAUCGAGGCGGCGGAGGCCCUGCUGCACAUGGAGGCCACAGACUCCGUCACCGACGCGAUGGACUCCCACAUCUUUGCGCCCGACAUGAGCGGCGACGACGGGAGACACGUGGACGUCGUCAUGGCGCACGAGAGUCACGCGCACGGCACGGGGGGGCACCACCCCCAGGCCGACGCGCAGGCCAACAACCGCAAGAAGAAAGCAGCACGGAAGCCCAAGAGCAGCAGACCGUGCUCCCCUAUCCUGCCGUCUGACGGGCCGCUCAGGAAGAAGUCACGAGAAGGUCACACGGUCUACCUGUGGGAGUUCCUGCUGUCGCUGCUGCAGGACAAGAACACGUGCCCGCGUCUCAUCAAGUGGACCGAGAAGGAGAAGGGAAUCUUCAAGCUCGUCGACUCGAAGGCCGUGAGCAGACUCUGGGGGAAGCACAAGAACAAGCCCGACAUGAACUACGAGACCAUGGGCCGCGCGCUCAGGUACUACUACCAGCGUGGCAUCCUCGCCAAAGUGGAGGGCCAGAGGCUGGUCUACCAGUUCAAGGACAUGCCCAGGAACCUGCUGCUGGAGGACGGCUCGGAGGAGGGAGGGUCCUCACCCGGCACCGUGGAGCCCUCCUCACCGCACCCCCAGGGCCGCCCGGAAGGGGCAAUGCCGGGCGGCACGAUGGGCGGACGGAACCGCCGACCCAACCGAUCGGGCGGUGGACUCUCCACCAAGUCGCCCCUUGCCAAGGCAAAGCCGCAGGACCAAGUGAUUGUGGACAGCAGAGCGGCACAGGUGCCGGUGGUGGUCACCAUGGGGGCUCAGAUGCAGCAGCAGCAGCAGUCGGUGAUCACGAGCGCUGCCGCGUCGACGCAGAAGAUCGUAUUCCAGACGAUGCCGGGCCUCUCCGCGGCAGCGGCGCAGACGGGCGGCCCGAGUUCGCGGCGUGGCGAGAUCGUGAACCUCGCCUCCGGCACGCCGCUCCUCUUCCUCACCAACGGCGACGGUUCCCAGCCCGGUGUGAUCACCACAACCGUCAUCCGGGGCCCCGAGGGCAAAAACGAGAACGUCCUCCUACUAACGCCGCUCAAAUCUCAGCAGCAGCAGCACCACCGCCAUUGCCACGGCGAGGCCGAACCGGGGGAGGUGCUCUCGGUCAUCAUUGGCGGCGGUGGCCACGACGGCACCGGCGUCUCGCUGCCGAUGACUUCGCUGUCGUCGGAGAUGACGUCGCUGUCGGCGGACAUCACGACCCUCCCCACGGAACUCACCUCGCUGCCCGAGCAGAUCACGGCACUGCCCGCCGACGGGACGAUACUCGCCGAGGAGGAGGAGCCGCACGUCGUGGUCAAGCUGGAAACGGACGAGCAGCAGCAUCAGCAGCAGCAGCAGCGGCUGCUGAUUAAAGAGGAGCGGGAGGAUUUGUCGCUUCCGGAGCAGAUCACGGAGGAACCGAUCAUCCGGAAAAUCAAAAUCGAAUACAAUGACAAAAACUUCUGACUGAGGAUGAAAUUAUUUUGAUGGCGGUUGGGACAGUGAAGGCAAUCACGUGUAUAUUUUUCCUCCCCUAGAUUUAUAAUUUCCAAACAAAUUUAAUAGUAAAUGCUGUUUGUAAAAAAAAAAUCGAAAA